AUGACAAAGAAAAGGAACAACGGUCUCGCCAAAAAGGGCCACAGCCACAUGCAGCCUAUUCGCUGCAUGAACUGUGCCCGAUGCAUGCCCAAGGACAAGGCUAUUAAGAAAUUUGUCAUUCAAAACAUAGUGGAGCCCGCAGCAGUCAGGGACAUUUUUGAAGCGAGUGUCUUCAAUGCCUAUGUGCUUUCCAAGCAGUAUGUGAAGCUACAUUACUGUGUGAGUUGUGCAAUUCACAGCAAAGUAGUCAGAAAUCAAUCUCGUGAAGGCUUCAAGGACCCAACACCCCCACCCUGA